AUGAAUCCUUUGGAUGCACAUGUUUACCUUCUAGACAACUGUUGUUAUCGUAGAAAUGCUCCAGUGGAACGCCUUCAUGGUCAGGAUGAGCCUGAGGUCAAGAUCAAUGAAGUGGACACAGACAGCAGCGAUCUGGAGGAAGAUGUCAACGUCGGUAAGGUCUUGCGUCUUGUGCAAUGUUUUAAGAGGCUUUCGAUGAGGACGAUCCUAACUUGACCGUUGAUGCCCAAGAAGGAGAAAGAAUUUCUUAUGAUUCGAAGAAAAAGUCAUGGAUGGCCUCGUGAGUAAACUUGGAAGAAUGAGUAUUAUCAUUUUAGGGCGAGAGUACCUGACAUGCUUAUGGGAAGGUUUAUUGGAAAUCAGGCUUCGAACAAGAAAAAAAUGGAAGAGUCCACGCAAUGCGUUAUUCAGAUUCCCGCCAAGAAAUCAAAUCUUCCUGUCGGUAUGUCAUGGAGAAUAUAUGUAAUUCUAUACCGUAUACUUCAGUAAUUUAUUCCGUUGCCGGUAAAGAAUGUGUGGAGAGUUGUUUGGAUCAGAUAGAUCUGUUUUUGAGUUCCCAGAGAGAGAAAACGAAUCCCUCUCAUUUCGUCUCUUUACCCCUUAAUGUAGAGCCCAUCCUCAGCAAUUACGAAAAGUUUAAGGCUCAAGUAGCGGAAUGCAAGGACGCCAAGGUAACGUUUGUUAUUCUGCAUAAGGUGUUUUCUAGAUUGAUCCCGGUUUAUUCGUCGCAAAAACCAAACUUCAUCUGACCUUGGGAUUGAUGACUUUAUAUGAUGACAACGAGGUGGAGAGGGUUGGGAAGGCUCUCGAUGAGGUUGUACGAACUAAGAUACGGUAAGAACUAUUAUUUUGGCUUGACUAAUUUUCAGGCCAUUGUUGAAAAACAAACCUCUGAAGGUCAGCAUAAAGGGGAUCUCUCACUUUGGAGAUGAAGAAGGGACGGAAACACGGGUGCUGUUUGCCAAGCCUAUUGCCGAAGGUCUAGAAGAAAUUUCUGAACUGAUUUAUCAGGCUUUAUUGGAAACCGACCUUGGGAAGACUCAAAAACGAGAAUUUCGUAUAUUACACAUGACCUUGGCCAAGAUUGGAUACAAAGGAGUGAGUUUUAAUUUAAUGUUUUUUAAAUUUAAUUAACUUUUGUCUUCCAUUAUUACUGAACUGUUUCAGGAUGUGUUUGACGCGACCCCGAUCUUGAGUAAACUGCGCAACUUUGAUUUCGGAACUGUUGAAAUCUCCGAAUUAAGAAUCUGCCUAAUGCACGAAGUAGAAUCUAAAACUGGAACCUAUCCAAUUAGUUAUGUUUCUUCGCUGUUGUGA